UGUUUAUGUUGACGCGAAUUUUCCCUCGUAGUGGUGGAACAUUUAAAAGACACAUACUACAGCAGGUUAGCCCGCCGGCCUAGGUGACAACGAGUGAUAUGACACCAAUGGAUCUCUCUGCUACCGAUGCGCACUCCCAAUCCAGUCUUUCCUGUUCCCUCCCCCCACCUUCCUCUUCCUUUUCCCUCACCCCCUCUUACCAUUCCCAACCUUUCUCUUUUUCUUCCUCUCUUUCACCUUGUCUUUCCUCUUCUUCUCCCUUCAUUCCCCCUCCAUCCUCCUCCCUUCCUUGCCCCUCCCAAAGCCGGGGUGUAGGGUGCCUCUUGGAUGCUGUGCUCGGGUUAGUAGCAGUGCGAGCUCAGUGCUCCAAUGAGGCCAACAAACCGGGGAAGGGUUCCGGCUAUCUCCGUCGAGCGAACACUGACGUCCUGCGAGAAAUCUUCCACGAGUACGCGUCUGCGGAACGCUAUGGCGAGAAGUUCAUGACGGCGCACGACUUCGUCUGCAAGUUCCUCGGUCUGUACACGGAGCCAAAUGCCAGCCUGGAGAGCAUCAAGCUGCUGGGCGGUAUCCUGGAUACCAGCAAGGAUGGCCUCAUCUCGUUUGCUGAGUUCAGCGCCUUUGAAGGACUGCUGUGUGUGCCCGACGCGCUCUACCGCACCGCCUUCCAGCUCUUCGACACAACCGGCACUGGCUUCGUGACAUAUGACGAGUUCUGUGCGGUGAUCAAGCACACGGUGCUGCACAAGAAAAUCCCCUUCAACUUCCAGAGCGACUUCGUGAAAAUGUACUUCGGUAAAGACUUCAAGCGGUCCGUCACUUACCACGAGUUCUCUCAGUUUCUUCACGACUUCCACGAAGAGCACGCGAUCCAAGCGUUCUCAGCGUACAACAAGGACGGCUCAGGCUUCAUCACGGCGCUCGACUUCUCGGACAUUAUGUUGAGCACCAAGUCUCAUCUGCUCACCAGCAGCGUUCAGGACAACCUUGUUGCCGUAUCGUCAGGGCAGAAGGUGAGCUACCCGUUCUUCAUGGCGUUCAACUCGCUGCUCACCAACAUGGAGCUCGUCAAGAGGAUCUAUCUCAACGCCACGCAGGGCUCACGCACCCAGGAGGUCACAAAAGAGGAGUUCCUACACUCGUCGCAGAUGAUGUCCCAGAUCACCCCCAUGGAGGUCGAGAUCCUGUACCACCUCACUGAACUCAUCAGCCAGAGCGGCGGGCGCAUCAUCUACAGUGACCUGGAAGCCAUUACCCCCGAGCAGUACAUGAAGGUAAUCACCCGCAAGCUGACGGACAUCAAGGCCGUAGAGUCGCCCGAGCAGCGCUCCACCUUCACUGCCGUCCUGGAGAGCAGCUACAGGUUCACGCUCGGCGCUAUUGCUGGAGCUGUUGGUGCAACGGCCGUGUACCCGAUCGACCUGGUGAAGACGAGGCUGCAGAACCAGAGGGCGGGGUCCUACAUCGGGGAGCUCAUGUAUAGAAACUCCUUCGAUUGCUUCAAGAAAGUAGUUCGCCACGAGGGCGCCAUAGGCCUGUACCGCGGCCUAGUGCCCCAGCUGGUGGGGGUGGCCCCAGAGAAGGCCAUCAAGCUCACCAUGAACGACCUCAUGCGCGACCUGCUCAGGGACAAGAAGGGCAACCUCACCCUGCCUGCCGAGAUGAUAGCUGGCGGAGUUGCCGGCGGAUCUCAGGUGAUCUUCACCAACCCCCUGGAGAUCGUGAAGAUCCGCCUCCAGGUGGCGGGCGAGCUGGCGCUGGGGCAGAAGAUCGGCGCGGUCUCCGUCGUGAAGGAACUCGGCUUCUUGGGUCUAUACAAGGGUGCGCGGGCAUGUUUCCUGCGGGACAUCCCCUUCUCUGCGAUAUAUUUCCCAGUGUACGCGCACAGCAAAACUCUCCUCGCCGACGAGAACGGCUACAACUCUCCACUUACCCUCCUCGUGGCCGGGGCUAUAGGCGGUGUGCCGGCAGCGUCCCUCACUACCCCAGCAGACGUGAUCAAGACUCGCCUGCAGGUGGCGGCGCGGGCGGGGCAGACGACGUACACGGGCGUCAUAGACGCCGCGCGUAAGAUCAUGCGGGAGGAAGGCUUCAAGGCCUUCUGGAAGGGCGCUCCUGGUGGUCGGCCGCAAGGUUCGGAGGCCCAGAUGCCGAUGUCGGCGUCGGACGUGAAGUCCACAAACCCAGACCACGUGGGCGGCUACAAGGUGGCCGUGCCCAUGUUCCGGGGCAUCGAGUCCAAGUUCGGCCUCUUCCUGCCCCGCUUCCAGGCUGCUUCUCCUGCCCCAUCGACAUGAGACGGGAAAAUGGAUGAGGAAUAGCAAGCAUCGAUGCAUUACUUGAACUGCCAUUACAUAUUUCGAUUAAUCCAUUAAUGAAUUACAGUGAUAGUACAGAUCUAUAGGCAAAUUAGAAGCAGCGUUGACAGCAAUAAUACGCAGCGAUGCAUUGCUUUUCUGCCAGUAAAAUAUCUAUGAAGUAAUUAAUUAUCUUGAGGUAUGAGUAUGAUCUCUACUGAUGAGUUCUAGCAGCAAUAGCACGCGUCGAUGCAAUAGCUACGCUCCAUCACACUUUUAUAUAAAUGAUGUAGUUACCCCCUGACGAAAGGAAACUCGAUUAACGAAAUGAUGUGUAAUCCGCCGUAGUAAGGAAUAUUCCUUGAAAAGAUCAUUUAUUGUUCGAUGAUUUAGAAGGAAUGAUGGAAAGUAUAAAAUAGAAAGAAAAAAUGAUAAUUUAGAGCCUGUAGAGAUUCCUUCAAGUCGAUGAGUUCAAUAAAAACGAUGACUUUUUGCUAGGAUGUUAACUCGGAAAUUUUUCUUAAGUAAAUAAUCAAAAUAAUCACACUGGAAAACUAUGGGAGAAUAAAUUCGAGUUUAAUCAAAGGUUAUGACUUAUAGGACUUAAUCUAUAUCACGAUUCUCUAUAAAUACGUAGAAUAUAACUGAUGGGAGAAGUCCAAUCGUUUCAGUUCGAGUCGUGCCAAGUUUUUUAGAUAUUAAAGCUUGGCUUUUAUUUCGGCAUGAACUUGAAGUUAUAUUGAAAUUUCGAUACUUGAUAAAUGGACUGGUAUUGUUCAAGUUUAAGCAUUGAUCUGCUCAGCUUUUAUCCAGCUGCUUAAGAUAUUAUUUUCAUUAAAUAGUGAAGCACGAUUACGAUUUGCUAUAUGAUUAAAUAAAUUAGAAUCACUGCGGCACGAAAGCAUAGUGUUAAAGGCACAUGUGUACAAAUUUGAAUAUCCAACGAUGGAAUCAUGGCCGUGCUUAUAAUAACGUUGUUUUACUUGCUUUGAAACGAGCCAAUGUCAUAAAUACUCAUUACCUUUGUAAUUUGAAUUGUUACGCUGUGC